AUCGGCCCGGCUGACACUCGGGGAACUUUCAGGAUUAGUGACGACUGCACCAUAAAAAGUCAAAGAGCCAGACCCACUUAUUUUCCUUCUUCUCCCCUCCCCUCCAUUAUUUCCAGCCCUGGAUUCACCCAUCGCUCGUGUCUUGUGACCCCUUUGCUGCAACCACACUGAGCGCCUUCUUUGGUCUGCCCACUUUGUCUCCUCUCACUUUUUGUCAGCACCCCUCCGCCCCCCACCACCACCAACACUUCCACCACCACCAGCAGCAUCCAGCUCUUACUGUCCAUCGCUGGGUUUAUCCCCUCAUCCCUGAUCUCCCUUCAUCCCUGAAAUCCUCAUCUGUUCCUCACAGGACAGAACAGGACAGGAGAGGAGAGGAGCGAGGGACUGGCCAAGGGGAGCAUCAGGCCUGUUGCAAAAGUGAAUGGAAAGUGCUGUGACGAUCAGCGGCUGACUGACUGCUACACUGGUGUGAUUACAUUUUAGUCUCUCUCUUUUUUUUUUUUUUUUUUUUUUUAAAGGCAUCUGGAACAUUCCAAGAGGAGUCUCCAAACUGCUCUCCCACCGUCGCUGACAGUGCCUGCCGAGCAUCGCCAUGGGUGAAAUGGAGCAAUUGCGAAAGGAGGCAGACAGCCUCAAGGACCAGAUUACCGCAGCGCGUAAGUCCAUGCAGGAUACAACCCUGCAGGAGGCCGUGGCCAGCAUCAACGUGGUGGGCCGCGUCCAAAUGAAGACCAGGAAAACACUGAGGGGCCACCUCGCCAAGAUCUACGCAAUGCACUGGUCCACUGACUCCAAGCUGUGCGUGAGUGCCUCACAAGAUGGGAAGCUCAUCGUGUGGGACAGCAUCACAACCAACAAGGUGAACGCCAUCCCCCUCAAAUCAUCGUGGGUGAUGACGUGCGCCUACGCCCCGUCGGGGAACCUGGUGGCGUGCGGGGGCCUGGACAACAUGUGCUCCAUCUACAACCUCAAGGGCAAGGACGGCAACGUCAAAGUCAUGCGCGAGCUGGCGGCGCACACAGGUUACCUGUCAUGCUGCCGUUUCCUCAGCGACAGCGAGAUCAUCACCAGCUCUGGAGACUGCACUUGCGUGCUAUGGGACAUUGAGACGGGCACCCAGAAGACCAUCUUCGCAGGCCACCAGGGAGAUUGCAUGUCCUUGGCCGUCUCCCCGGACUUCAAGUUCUUCAUCUCAGGCGCGUGCGACUUCACAGCCAAGCUGUGGGACAUCCGCGAGGGCAACUGCAGACAAACCUUCGGGGGCCACGAGAGCGACAUCAACGCCAUCGGGUUCUUCCCCAACGGCAACGCGGUCAUCACAGGCUCCGACGACGCCACCUGUAAGCUGUACGACCUGAGGGCCGACCAGGAGCUCAUCACCUACCAGGACUCCAGCAUCAUGUGCGGCGUCACCUCGCUGGCGCCCUCCCUGUCGGGACGCCUCAUCCUGGCCGGAUACGACGACUUCAACGUCAACAUUUGGGAUGCGCUUAAAGCCGAGAGAGUGGGAGUGCUGGCCGGCCACGACAACCGAGUGAGCUGCAUCGGCGUCUCAUCUGACGGAAUGGCGUGCUGCACGGGAUCGUGGGACAGCUUUCUCAAGAUUUGGAACUGAGGGCUCACGGCUUUGGGAUCUGUUUGGGGGAUUUGCCAGGAGGGUCGCUGUAUUUAUUUGUGCCAAUUUUUAAAGUUGGGUUUGCUAAUGUGAAUGAAUAUUCCUCUCUAGUUCAUUAUUACGUACUGUAGUGAUCUGGCACACCUGGCCGCUGCGGUCGAGCAGUCGGCCAACGGAAGCACGCUGGAUGGUUGUCUGUCAUGUUAGGGUUGAUUCCAACUAUACCGUAUGCUGUGUUUUAUAUCAAGCAAACUUGUUUUUUUUUUUUUUUGGUUGUUAGUUUUUCCGUCACAGGCUUAUGUUGACUUGCUUUUCUAAAUAGAAUUGAACGCCCUGCUUUAGAGGUUUUUGUGUUUGUGUUGAAUGUGACAUCAUCUUGUUUCUCUCCCCCCCCCCACCCCCCUUCAUAAAAAUGUGAUAGACAGCCGACAGAUGGGACAACAAAAGGUGGUUCACUAAGCACUUCCAAACAAUGACCCAUUUGUCUCAGGAUCUACGAAUGAAUGCCAUCGUGUGCACCCGAGCACUACUUUGUGGAAUUAGUGGGAAAGAGUAAAUACUAGUUGACCUUUUAGUCCGUCAGGCAAAGACAAAAGGUAGAGUAAUUUACAGGUUGCCAGGUUUUCUAAUUCGGGUUUCACCACAUCAGGAAAUGUUUCGCAUAGCUUUCUAAACAGACUGUCAAAUAAAAGAUGGGAUUCCA